AUGCCCAAAUCUAUUCAAACUGCUUCCAGGAUCAUUCACGAGGAUGGUUUCUCUGGUGAUGAUGUGAAGCAGUACAAGCCUGUUGUUUACAGCAACACUAUCCAAUCUCUGGCAGCAAUCGUCCGUGCUAUGGAUACAUUGGGACUUGAAUAUGGAGACAAAGAGCGGAAGGCGGAUGCCAAGAUGGUGUGUGAUGUGGUUAGUCGUAUGGAGGACACAGAGCCUUACUCUGCUGAACUGCUCUCCGCCAUGAUGCGUCUCUGGUCCGACUCAGGGAUCCAGGAAUGCUUCAGCCGCGCACGGGAGUACCAGCUUAACGAUUCAGCACAGUACUACCUUGACAGCCUAGAUCGGAUUGGCGCCACAGACUACCAGCCAACAGAGCAGGAUAUUCUGAGGACCAGGGUGAAGACUACGGGCAUCGUGGAGACACACUUUACCUUCAAGAACCUCCACUUUAGGCUGUUUGAUGUCGGAGGUCAGAGGUCAGAGAGGAAGAAGUGGAUCCACUGUUUUGAGGACGUCACUGCCAUCAUUUUCUGUGUCGCACUCAGCGGAUAUGACCAGGUGUUGCAUGAGGAUGAGACAACGAAUCGCAUGCAUGAGUCGCUGAUGUUGUUCGAUUCAAUUUGCAACAACAAGUUCUUUAUCGACACCUCCAUCAUCCUCUUCCUCAACAAGAAGGAUCUGUUCGCAGAGAAGAUCAAGAAGUCAGCACUUAGCAUCUGUUUCCCCGAGUACACAGGACCAAACACAUACGAGGACGCGGCAGCUUACAUCCAAGCACAGUUCGAGAGCAAGAACCGCUCCCCAAAUAAGGAAAUCUACUGUCACUUGACCUGCGCCACAGAUACAGGGAACAUCCAGGUGGUGUUUGACGCCGUGACCGACAUCAUCAUCGCCAACAACCUCAGAGGAUGUGGCUUGUACUGAGCUCGCCAUGUAACAACUCGCCUCUCAUCCCGUCCUUUCUCCUUCCUUUCCUGCUCCUUUCCUCCUCUCCUCCUCCUAUUCUUCUUCUUCCUCCUCAUUCCUCUUCCUCUGACACUGCUGUGGAAAUAAUGACGGUGACAAUGCUGAUUAUUUAGAAAAGAAAGAAUAAUGCAACUCGGUACUUAUUAAUAUUGAGGAUAAUUUAGAAAAUACUAGGACUACAUAUAUAAAUAUAUAUAUAUAUAUAUAAACAUAUAUAUAUAUGUAUAUAUAUAUAUAAAAUGUUUUAAGUUCUUGUCUCUUCCUCGGUCUUCUUCCCGGAUGUUCUUUGGCCUGCUGCCAAACAAACAAACGUGUUUCCAAGGCAACACAAAACUCUGCCGCCCUGAAACCAUGUCGAACAAACAUGAUCAAGUCUAAUCUCCUUUUUUCUUUUCCAGUGUUGUCUUUUGUUGCUAACGAAACAUCUUUUUUUUAAUUAUUAUUACCUUGAAUAUGGAUUGUGUUUUAUAUGUCUAUAUUUAUUACAUCAGCCUGUACACAUUUUUAUUCAUAUUUUGUCUCACCUGACACCUUUGUUGUGUAUUAUUUGUUUCUUGCAAUAGUAGUGUUUUAUGUAGUAACAAUUUUGAAUAAAUAUGUGAAAAUGUC